GCUUUCACUCUUACAGCCUUAAUAUUCCCUCCAAUGCUUCAAAUGCAAAGCACUAAGCACCCAUUCCAAUAAUAACAUCUACUAAACCCCAUUUUUUUGUCUCUCUCAAUUAUCAGUCUCUAUCAUUUUCUUCUGAUUCCUUGUUCAUUUUCUUGGUUUUCCAACAAUGGCGGUUGAUGUUUACUCUGAAAACUUUGUGGAUAUGAUUAGUCCCAGACUCUCAUUUUCUCGAGAUCUGGAAGAAAACGAAACAAAUACUAAUCUAAUCCAAGAAUUUUCUUGCAAAUUGGAUCAUUCACCCGCUGAUUCCGCCUUCGAUUUCGCUUUCAAUGUAGAUUCCAAUGUUGUUUCCCAUUCAUCAGCAGAUGAACUUUUUUCUAAUGGUAAGAUCUUACCUAGUAGUGUAAAGAAAGAAGAAAUCAAAACCUGUAAAAUUCUACAACAAAAAACAGUAACCCUAACACCCUGUUUGGAUCUUCCACCUACCUCAGAGACGAAGAAAAAGAGUUUGAGAGAGUUUUUAGAAGAUAGUAUAGAUCAAGAAGAACCAAACAACAAUUUCGGCACUGCUAAAUCGUUUUGGAAAUUUAGAAGAAGUAAUAGUCUGAAUUGUGAUCGAAAUCAACGAAAAGGAUUCAUUGGAUCUUGGAAAAUUUUGUCUAGAAGUGGAUCAACAGGAAAAUUUUUAGAGAAAAUUCUGGAAAAUGAAGAAGAAAAACCCAGAAAUUCACAUUCAAAAAAUUUCUGGAAAUUCAGCAACAAAAACAGUUUAAAUUCCGAGAAAAUUACUGGUAUUAUUGGAUCAUCAAAGAUCUUGAGAAGAAGUCAUUCAACAAGCGAUCAUUAUUUGACGAAAUCGGAUUCAAAACCUUUUAGGAGGAGUAAUUCAACAGGUUCAGCUCCAAAUACUAAUACGAACAAAUUGAAGAAACAACAAUCUCUGAAACAACAGAAAUAUGAAUUUGAUGGAAAUACAAAAUCAUGUCCAAAAAGAAAGGUAAAGGAUAAUUGUAAGAGUAAUUAUAAUUAUAGUUAUGAGAAUCAUUAUAAGAAUUUGAGGAUAAAUCCAGUAUUAAAUCUUCCAUCUCCAUACAUUUCUAGAGUUAGUGUAGAUUUGUUUAGUUUUGGGUCAUUGUUUUGUAAUGGUGCCAAAGAUAGAAAGAAGAAUAAAUGAAAUAUGGUAUUUUCUAUAUAUAGUGUGUCAUACUGUCAUUUGUCGUGCAUGCAAGUGCCACCGGCAUUAUGCCGGUGAGUGUGUUUGUUUAUGAAAUUAUUAUACAUCUACCCUCAAUUUUAAUAUACACACUAUGUACAAUUUUAAUUUUUGAAAUUUUUAACAUUAUAUGAUAAAAAGAUUGUUAUAUUUAAUAUUCUGAAAAUAUAUAUUAAGACCAAUAAAAAAUUUCAAUUGACUAUGUUUUAUAUUAU